GUCAUUUCCAAAAGUAUGACGACCAAGGGACGAUCAAUGACCGGUAAUUUAUACCUGAUCACGAGGAUAAAGAAUGCGCUUUACCUUUUUAUCGUAGUUAUGUUAGAAUAUGUUAUUAACAGUUGGUUGCUUAUACAGAUUCUGAGAAUAAUUCCAGUGCCUACCACGAAAUCAGACCAUAAAAUUGCGUUCAUUCUGGAUGGGAAUAGAAGAUACGCUAGGGCACGCAAUCUCACGCUUAAAGAAGGAAAAAAACGUGGUCUGUUGAACCUGAAGCGAAUUCUUACGUAUAUAGGACAUACCAACAUUAAAGAGGUAAGUGUCUACGCGUACUCGUUUCAAAACUUUCGUAAACGUGAUAGAGUUGAGUUGGACAGUAUUUUUGAGCUCCUCCGGUCGGAACGUAUGGAAGGUUUAGAUUAUCAGCUGCGGUUUCAUGGCUCGCUUGAGCUUCUCAAGCCUGCAGAACGAAAGAUUUUGAAGGCGCUAGAAUCUAAUACUAAGUUCAAGAGGAAGAGGUUGAAUAUCUGUAUCUUGUACAGCGGACUGGUCGAGAAGAAGCCAUAUUUUGAUAGACCGAAUAUUCUAGUGAGAACAGGCAACCAGAGGAGAUUGAGCGAUUUUUUGCUGUUGCACUGUGCAAAUGGAUGUAAUUUAAAUUUUUUGGACAGGAUGUGGCCCGAAUUUGAGGUAUGGCAGCUCUAUUUAUUACUCGUGAAAUAUUCGUUGGAGAGUCAAAUAGUGGACUGAGCAAUGUUUUAUUAAAUUAUUGUGGUUAACCGUCUGAUAUAGCC